AUGAUAGAUAAGAUUCAGGCUAACGUCGAGGAGGUAAAGAAAAAGCACAGUGCCAUUCUAUCGGCCCCCCAGUCAGAUGAAAAAACAAAGCACGAGUUAGAAGAUCUCAUGGCCGAUAUCAAGAAAACUGCGAACAAAGUUAGAGGAAAGUUAAAACACAUAGAGCAGAACAUCGAACAAGAGGAGCACUCGAACAAAUCCUCAGCGGAUCUGAGGAUAAGAAAGACCCAGCACUCGACGCUCUCUCGUAAGUUUGUCGAGGUCAUGACCGAGUACAACCGUACGCAGACAGAUUACCGAGACCGGUGCAAAAAUCGGAUACUCCGGCAGCUCGAGAUAACCGGCCGAGCCACUACUGAUGAUGAACUGGAGGCGAUGCUGGAGCAGGAUAACCCGGCUGUGUUUACUCAGGGGAUUAUAAUGGAGACGCAGCAGGCGAAGCAGACCCUCGCCGACAUCGAGGCGAGACACGCUGACAUCAUCAAGCUUGAGACCUCGAUCCGUGAGCUCCACGAUAUGUUCAUGGAUAUGGCCAUGUUGGUCGAAAGCCAGGGUGAGAUGAUCGACCGCAUUGAGUAUCAUGUUGAACACGCUGUGGACUAUGUCCAAACGGCCACGCAGGAUACAAAGAAGGCCCUAAAAUAUCAGAGCAAAGCUCGACGGAAAAAAAUCUUCCUCAUAAUAUGCCUGUCAGUUACGCUGCGUACUGUUGCAUGGUCUACUACAGAAGAAGAUUAUGAUCCUUGUUUGCCUGCUCAUACUGGGGCUGGUCGUCGUCGGCUACGUUUCGAGUUACUUCCUGUGAGGGCGACGGCGGUUGAGAAGAAGAUUAUGAUUAUGCUGUGCCUACUCGUGCUCUGCCUCAUCGCGACUGCCUACGUGUAUAGCACUUUCUUCUGA